AUGACAACCUAUCAUACAAAUUUGGCCGAACUUCCAUAUAAUAUAUAUGUUCAACUUGCGGAGAGUUUGGAUUCACAUGAACGAUGGAUGAAUAUUGUGAUUGGUGUGAUUUGGUCCCGACCUGAACAAAUAUCCAUAAAAGUUGAAAAUGAUGAAAUGGUCAAAUUAACCUGUCAUGCGAAAGGAUUUCCUUAUCCUCAUUUUCAGUGGAAAACGGGCGAUGAAAAUAUUCUUGGUGAAUGCACGGAAACUUUGUGGGUGUUCAGAUGUCAAUGUAAUGUUGGCAGAGAAUUUAAAUGUGAAGUAUGGAACAUGAUAACAAAUAACAUGGCAAAUUAUCAUCUUUAUGAACAAAAGGGCGAAAUGCUGUCAUCAAAACUAGUUUCAGUGAAUAUCAAGUUGGAUUCCUUUAUUAACAGUCGCUCCCACAACGAAUUAAACUUAUCUGCCUGUGAUAAAGUUGCGUUGAUCAUAAGUAAUAGCAACUAUUUGAAUCUACCCAAUUUGGUUUUACCUCAUUGUGAUGCAGAAACAAUAGCCAAUGAGCUUCAGAAAUUAAAUUUUAAAACGGUGACCUUGGGCGAUUUAAAUCUGGAAGAAAUGAAGUUUAUAAUGAGGGAAUAUAGGAAAUUAUUGGGAGAUGGCGUUUAUGCUGUUUUUUAUUUUGCUGGCCAUGGUUUUGAAAUAAAUGGUCAGUGCUACUUGUUACCAGUGGAUGUUCCAUUAUAUAUUACUCUAGAAUGCUGCAUUCCGAUAGAAUGGUUUCUUUCACUUAUUCAUAACUGUAUUCCAUCUCUUAACGUAAUUCUGUUGGACAUUUGUCGUAAAACUUUAUGCGAUAAUUUUCGAACUUUUUUCAAUCUUGGAAACAAUUUCAAUCCAAAUGAAUGCAUUAGUCGAAAUACUGUUUAUGGAUUUGCCACAAGUCUUGGUGUAAGCGCCUUUGAAGAACGAGGAGAAAUUAAUGGUUUAUUUGUAAAGCAUCUUAAGAAACAUCUUGGAAAACGUGAAUCGAUUGUACAGAUCCUUAAUUUAACAUUCCAAGAUAUUGAAAGUGAUAGUGAAUUUGCAUAUAUACAGAUUCCUGAAUUGAGGUCAAAUUUGGCUUUACCGAGGAGUUUAUCGGAUCCCCUUAUUUUUACAAACCAUACAUUUUCAUAUGAACAUCAUACUUUGCACUGGCGGUCUAUGCACGAGUUGCCCUUACCAAUCCACGUAUUCUUCGAAAGUAAAGGUCUUCGAGUAACUAUUUGGUUUGGAUUCGCCGGCCAUUUCACCAAUAAAGUUUAUGUAUUUACUAACGUUGAUCGGAUUCCAAACGAAAUUUUAGGUGAAGAUAAUGCGAUAACAUUUGAAAAGGAUUCGGAUUACAUUGCUCGUUUACGCUUUCGAAAUGUAAUUUUAUAUUGA